CACACUGUUACCGCUACGUUCCCUUGUUUGCGCCUGCUGUCCCAACACUGAACCUGACCCUCUAAUACCACGCACUCGAUUGGAACAUCAGACUCAAGGGUUCCAGGGUCCCAGCAACGAAACCAAUUGUACGUUUCUUAAUCCAUAUGUGGACAGCAGCAUUCUAUUUAGAGGGGCAACAGGAGCGGCAUCCUCACACGCCUUUUCUUCCUACCUCGAUUCAUCCAUGUCCAAAUACAAAUACAAAGAGGAUAUCACAAACAUGCCCUCCUCCAACCACUCCCACACCCCUGUAUCUCACACCCUCACCCGCUCAAACAUCCAAUCGUGGAAGUACGUCUUGCUACAUUCCCCCUGCCACCAAAUCCCAAACGCCACACCGCACUCCUUACACGUGCACACUCUUCCUGAAUGUCACACCCAAAAACCGCCCCAAUUCUAAUACCCUGAGAUAGAGACAGCAUCAGGCAAGCACGCCAAAACUGUGCGUUUGUAGAAAAAUGGCCGUGCAUGUAUUGCCAGAACAGCAUCGAUCUAAAUAGUCUGCGCGAUCAUACGCGGUUUCGGUGCCGAAACUCCGAAUGUGUUG